AUGGCUUCUUCAACGCGCUACGCAUAUCCCUUCGCCGCUUCCCCUGAUAUCAUCCGGUCACACCAGAAAGAUGCCUACUUCUCCGGCGUGCUUCUGGAUCAGCUCUCGACACUAUUGCGCAAGCUCUAUGGCGCGCGCAUCGCGCAUACCUAUGCAUCCGAGACGCGUGUGCUCGGGGAGCUACUUUACCUUGGUCUGACCACGCUGAUAGGAAAUCGGACAUUGGGCGAGGAAUACACAGACAUUGUUCAGGUGGAGAGCGAAAGCGGACGACUGCCGGCGCUGGGACGGAGAGCUGGAUACAUACUGAGCUGCAUAUUAGGGCCAUAUGUGCUUGGGAGAGCACUGCCGGCCUUUAGAAGAAGAGUGCGCGCGAAACUCGAGGCAAACCUGCGAUGGUAUGCGCGACAGCAAGCGCGAGCACAGCAGCAGGCACAGGAGAAUGGGAGCAAGACACGGAUAGGACGACCUCUAGGCAUGUGCCUGCAAAGCUACAUUCUCGAAAACCUUGAUACCAUUACGUCGCCAUCGCCCGUCUACGCCCUCUCUCUGGCGACAUUCUACUUCUCGGGGAGCUACUACCACCUCUCGAAACGCAUAUGGGGGCUACGAUACAUCUUUACGCGCCAAGUGCCAGAGGGGGAUAAUCGCGCCGGCUACGAAGUCCUAGGUGUGCUGCUAGUUUUACAAAUGGCUGUACAGGCAUAUCUACAUCUACACAAUACUGUCACCUCGUCGACGGCAGCAGUGGGUGGCGGCCACCCGCAAGGUACAUCAGCCAUUGUAGGCGGCGGCGCAGAAGUCUCGCUGGAUCCCAACGCCUACAGCGCCAACAACGCGUUGUUAUUCGACGCUGCGUCCGCCCUCCCCACGGCCGCGCCAUCAGACGUGCAAAAAUGGACACACACACCUGCGUUGGACAAAGCAAGAUAUGAGCUAGAGAACGAGGAGACAAUGGGAUGGAUUGGUGGUGGCAAUCGGAAAUGCACUCUUUGCCUGGAAGAGAUGAAGGACCCGAGUGUAACGACAUGUGGACAUGUCUUCUGCUGGACGUGUAUCGGGGAUUGGGCUCGGGAGAAGCCCGAAUGUCCGCUUUGUAGGCAGACGUGUCUAGUGCAGCAUGUGCUGCCGCUGAGGGGUUAG